GACCACCUUAGACCAUCAACAAACAUUACUGUAGGCCACCACGAGCACCACUUUGUGCUCUCGUGAAGUCUGAAACUGUACGAAUUGCAAAAGAAAAAGUCCUAAACUCCAACAAACAACACAUUGUGCUGUAACAUACAUCUUCCAUUGAACUGAAUGAUGGCCCACAUUGGAAAAGUCUUGAAUUUUUCUAGCAUGCUAGAAACAACCAGGAUUCAUAAUUACUGUUUUGUAAUAACACACAUUCCAAUCUUACCUAAGUUUACGGUGCUAUGCAAUGUGCCUAACCAACAUAACCUAAGGUUUAUUCACAUGAAAAGGACGUUAAACGCUAUAACAGUAUUACAGAAAGAUAUAAAAGAAGAAAAUAUUGAUCAAGACAAAUUACCAGAAAUUGUUAAAUAUGUAAAUGAUAAACGAAUUAUCUACAGCUCUCAUAUAGCUGAUCAAAGUGUUCAUUUGAAUUAUGGCACUAGGAAUAGAUUAGCAAAGAAAUUUAAAGUUGCAAAAGAUAGAAAAAUAAAGGCUGCUGCAACUCCUCUUAUUAUUGAAAAAAUGCUGGCAGUGGAUGAGAAAACUAGUGAUGAAUUUGAAUUGGAGAGUGUUUCAAGUGCAAGUUCUACUGUAGCAUACCCAUACUCUCACACACACGAUAUAAAUUUAGAGAAUAUUACUUUGAAAUCACAUACAGAAGUAGCAGAGUCAGAACUAAAUGAUGAUAAUAUUGCCAUGACCGUGAAAGAGGACAUAGCUUGUCGAAUGCUUGCCUAUGAAGAGGGAAUUCUGCAGAAGCUAGAAAGCACAUCCAAAAAAGAUUCUUCCAAAAAUACAUUAACUAACUUUAAAGAUGAAUAUUUUUUUAAUGACUCUAUAAGUGAAGACUUUGUAAAAGACAUCAAUACAGAAUCAUCUCCACUAAUUAAAGAACAUGGUACAGCAGAUCCCACCAUUCCUGUAAGUGAUGUACCUUGUGGUGGAUGUGGGGCUCACCUUCACUGUCAGGCUCCUGCUUUCCCAGGCUUCGUACCAAAAGAGGAUUUUGAGGGCCUAAAUCGUGGUGAGCUGCGUAGUGUUCUCUGCCAGCGUUGCUAUUUUCUGAGAUACCACAAAAUGGCUCUAAAUGUACGUGUCUCACCAUCAGUAUACCCCAAAAUCCUAGAACCCAUCAAGAAUGUGAAGGCAUUGAUAUUGGUGGUGGUAGAUCUUCUAGAUGUACCAUGCUCCAUUUGGCCUAACUUCAUAGAUAUCAUAGGCACACGCAGGCCAGUUGUAGUGGUGGGAAACAAAGUCGACCUUUUACCAGCUGAUGGGAAAAAUCACCUUCGGAGAAUUGAAGAUUCUCUUGCCGCUGCAAUUGACAAGACUGACUUAGGUCGAGCAAAUAUUCGUCAUACAGUUCUUGUCUCUGCACAAACAGGUUUUGGGAUUGAAGAUCUUAUCACAAAAAUUCAUAAUACAUGGGACACAAAAGGAGAUAUAUAUAUUCUUGGAUGUACCAACUCUGGCAAGUCAACUCUCUUCAAUACCCUGCUUGGAUCUGAUCUCUGCAAGACAAGUGCGUCAAGUCUUAUUCAACGUGCCACUACAUCUUGCUGGCCAGGAACAACUCUUAAUAUGCUUAAGUUCCCCAUUCUUCGUCCAUCAAGAUAUCGGCUGUAUCUUAGAGUUCAGAGAAUGAAAGAGCAACAGAAAGUUCAAUCUAUGACUGCAAAAUUAAAACCUGAUUACACCAAAAGUAUCUCAGUUGGAACAUUGUCUGGCCACAUUGGAAGAACAUUUGAAAAUUUAGAAGAGCCUGAUGAGAGGUUUGAUCCCUUUUCAACAAAUAUGAGAAAUAUAGGAAAGGAGCAGAGGAAAAUUCUUGGUAUCAAUACAAAUGAUCCCAAAUACUCCCUUGGCAAGUGGUGUUUUGAUACGCCAGGAACAAUACAACCAGACCAGUUAAUCAACUUACUCACCCAUGAUGAACUGAUGAAGGUGCUGCCUAGUAGGCUCAUACAACCCAGCACAUUCUGUCUUCAUACUGGCCAUAGCCUCUUCAUUGGAGGGUUGGCUCGUCUUGAUCUUGUUUAUAGCCCACAGCCAGUCAGGUUUACAGUCUUCAGAUCAGAACAUCUUCCAAUAACAGUGGUAAAGACAGUUGAUGCAUCAGCAUUUUAUCGUAACUAUCUUGGGUCUACACUUCUUGGUGUUCCAGUGGGAGAUGAGGAGCGCCUUCGUCAUUGGCCAGCAAUUACUCCAAAGAACAUGCGAACAUUCACUAUUAGUAAAGAUAGAAGUUGUGCUGAUGUGGUACUAUCAUCUGCAGGUUGGGUUGCUAUUACUGGAAUAUGGAAACAUGUUAUUGAGCUGCGAGGCUGGACUCCAGGAGGACGUGGCAUAUAUCUGAGGGAUCCACCAAUACUUCCUCUGUCAAUAAAACUAAGGGGUCCUCGCAUAGAAAAAUCACCAGCACACAAAGCCCACAGAAUUUUUGUUCCUAAAUGAGAAAUUAUGUACUGUAUUGUCAAAGUGAUUUUCCACUUAAUAUAGUUCUGCUUGCUCAUAUUUAAUACACGACAUGUAAAUAGAACCCUUGUUGAAUUGUCAAUGAUUAUAGUUGUGACAUCCAGAAAGUGCUUGAUAUGUGAAGUCUCUGUUAAAAAUAAGACAAUGAUGAUUUUGUUGUAGUAUUUCUAUGAAUAAAGUUUUUCUGGAAGCAUAAA